AUGGUUCGAGUCAAUUCCGUAACAUCAACCCAAGAGGGUAUAAAAACACCACACCGCAUUGAGUUGUGUGAAGAAAAACAAGUUAAGCCAACAAGAAAUUAUAGAAAACGCAGAAUCAUUUCAUCAGUUUCAAUAAAGACUGAAAAUGAGUUGGACGAACCUCAGCUGAAGAAGACUGAAGUGAAUUCAAAACCAUUGAAAGCUUCUAACGGCUGCAUCAUGACGAAUGGUACGGCAUCAAGAUCGAGGGCGUCUCGAGCAGCCGCGCGCUCCGCUGACAGUCACAAACUGACUGAAUACUUCAAGGAGGAACUCAAGAACACUAAAGUUGAACCUCAACCAUCACCGGUAGAGAAAAUAACCAAGGAUGAGGUCAAAGUUAACGGGAAUACUAACCACAAGCUGACAGAAUACUUCCCAGUCAGAAGGAGUGUAAGGAAGACCUCGAAAUGUGUUAUGGCAGAAAAGAUGAGGGACUUUGAGCGAGCUAUACGAGAACAAAGAGAGGAUGGUUUACAGGUGGCGUACUUCAAGGACAAGGGUCGUGGCGUGGUAGCAACUAAGGCGUUCCAGAGGGGUGAGUUCGUGGUGGAAUACGCGGGAGAACUCGUGGGCGUCGCUGAAGCCAGGGAGAGGGAAAGACUGUACGCUCAGGACCCCACAAAGGGAUGCUACAUGUACUACUUCAGAUUGCAAGACCAACAGUACUGUAUCGACGCUACAUCGGAGUCAGGUCGCCUGGGUCGUUUGGUGAAUCACUCUAGAACUGGUAAUCUAGUGACCAAGGCGUUGUGGGUGGACGGUCCACGUCUCGUACUAGUAGCAGGCACUGACGUUCAGCCCGGGGACGAACUCACAUAUGACUACGGAGAUCGCUCCAGGGAAUCUCUGAGACAUCAUCCCUGGCUUGCGCUAUGA